UCAUCAUUUGUGGGGGAAGAUGGAGAUGGGAAAUUGGUGGUGGAGAGUAAACACAUUCAAUAUAUCUCAAUUUUCACUUUCUCUCAUCACCACAACACCAACCACCAUUCUCGUUCUCAUUCUCACUGGUACAGUUCAGACAUUAAUGACCACCAUAUUUCAGAACUUCUGGGAGGAAUGAAUUUCAGAUUAGACUUGAAAUGGGUUUCUCCAAUUCAGUCUUCUAUAUUCACCAAUUCAUCAACAAACAGACAACAAUACCCACCUUCUGUAAGAGGCAAGGAGGUUUCUUGUGAAUCGGCAAGGGUGUGUCUAAUAUCUGUUAGUCCUGAUGAAAGUGAAAGUACUCUCACUAGAGAUUCUUUUAGGGUCUCCGCGUGUUCUUCAGCAGCUGUACAAAUUGUAGAAAAUAGUUCAAUAGAAAGGGAAGAAAUGAAGUUGAAAACUAGGAAAGCUCCCGGGAUAAUCAUGUACGAUCCAUUUCACAGCAUCACAACAUCUGUGCAAGAUGAGAGAUCUAUACUUAAUUCAAGUUUUCAUACAAAUAAAACAUCAUAUUUCGGUUUACUAGUGAAUAGUCUUGAGAAAGUUGAAGAAAUUUUUGUCGAUGAGGAACUCAUAAGAUUGGAGAAAGAUAUCAUGGUCCAAUUAGGAAGGCUUGGAGCUCUAAAAUUGUUCCAUGCCUGUCUAUCCAGGAACCUUAAAACAACCACAGCAACAACGCCGGCAGCAGCAACUUUAAAUAUGUCCGUACCACUUCCCGUAAUUCCUGAAGAUUCUCCAGUGAAUGGUGCCGCGAAUGAUGAAGUAGGUGAUGUAAUAACUGUUCGCUCUGGAAGAAAGGAGGAGAGAAUAUCAAAGAGGAAAAGAGCAUUAGAAAAUGCUGCCAAGCUUUCUUAUUUAUCACCAACUAUGAAAAGAAUUAGUAAGGCUAAUUUUUCGUCUAACAAAAGAAGUAAAGGAGUUAUUGUUGCUAAAAACGAAUCAGAAAUGUCAAGGGGUGUGAAGGAGGUUGUGAACUUGGAAAGAAUUAGAACGAUGCUCGAAGAAGAAACUGGGAGGGUGGCAAGCUUUAAAAGUUGGGCAGAAGCAGCCAGGAUUGAUGAAAGAUUGUUGAAGGAGCGUUUGCAUUUUGGUUGGUAUUGCAGAGAUAAACUUCUGAAGAGCACGCGUUCGUUAGUUUUGUUUCUUGCAAGAAACUACCGUGGAGUUGGAAUAUCAUUAGAAGAUCUACUUCAGGCAGGGUAUAUGGGUGUCCUUCUAGGCGCGGAGAGGUACGAUCAUACCAGGGGAUACAGAUUUUCUACCUACGUUCAGUACUGGAUCAGAAAAUCAAUGUCAGCCUACGUUGCACAAAAUUCUCGGGGGAUUCAACUACCUCCGACUCUAGCUAGAGCUAUAUAUCAGAUACAGAAAGCCAGAAAAACCCUUCACAGCCUAUAUGGGAGGUAUCCUGAUGAUAAUGAGAUUGCUACAUUUACGGGUCUGUCAUUGGCGAAAAUUCGAUUGGCUAGCAAAUGUCCAAGAAUUGUAGGCUCAAUCGAUCAGAAACUUGGAGAUGACAUAAAUAUAAAAUUUAUGGAAUUUACACCAGACAGAUCAGUGGAAACACCGGACGAGGUAGUGAUGAAGCAACAUAUGCAGAAAGAUGUGUAUAAACUAUUGGAAGACUUGGACCAAAGAGAAAAACAAGUGUUGAUUCUAAGACAAGGGCUUUGGGAUGGUCAAUGCAAGUCACUUGAGGAGAUAGGCAAGCUUUUUAAUGUUACAAAAGAGUGGAUUAGAAAGAUAGAAAAAUCAGCUUAUAACAAAGUAAGAAAAGAGGAAAAUUUAUCAAAUUUAAGCCAUUAUUUGGACUUGUAAACUUCUUCAGAAAAAUAAAUCACAAUAAUGCUUUACCGUUUCCAUCU